AUGGCUGAAACGAUGUUCGAUAUCUUGGCUGAUAAAAAUGGGACUUACUCCUUUGACUGGAGGCCUAAAGAAAUGCAUAUUCGUUGCUUUUGCCAUAAGAUCGCCUUGAUUUUAAAUGCUGGUCUGGCUGAACUUGGAAUUGCUGCUCCACCACCACCAAAAGUCAAGGAAUCGAUUCUAGGAACGUUUCCUUAUUCCGAUACAAUGCCGACUAUUUUGGAGGAAGAUGAAGAGGACAAUAUGAAUGAAGAAGAUAUACGUUCUCCUGUAAACAAUUAUGUUGAUACCAAUGACGAUAUCGAUGACAAACAUGACGAGGAGGAAGUCAAAGCUAUGAUGAAGGAAAAGAAGGAACGUAAGAAGAACAAGGGAUCAAAUGAGGACAGUGAGGACAAAGGCGAAGAAUUUCAAGAAGUCUUCGAAGAUCCAACAGAGUUUCAUGCGACCAAUCGUUAUGCAUCAAAUGAACUUGAUCGUUUAACAAAAAAGUUGGACUUUGUGAUCAGGAAAAUUACUUGCUCAAGUGCAUGGCGUCAAGUUUUUUGUCGAAAGGCUGAGGAAAAACGCUUGAAGCUCAGGUCCCUAAUUGCUGGCUACGGCAUAAGAUGGAAUAUAAAGUAUGAAAGUCGUGAUCAAGCAUAUGAGGCUCGCGAGGUGAGCUUCAAAGCAGAGAAGGCAGAAACAAUUGAGAUAAUUUACUAA